AUGAGGAUACUGCCCUCCAGCAGCGUUAUGACCAUUUUGAAAUCAUGCGUGGUUGCUCUUCCAGGCGCGAAUGGCGGCGAGAUUUGGAAUCCUGAACGAUGCGCAGAAUACGAGAAGAGGAAAAUUUACCUCGUUUGUCCGCAUGUUGACCGGGAGAGUUCAACUGAUUGGAUGGCAUACUACGCCAUGAUUGUUGCCCCAGAACGUCGGCUCCAAGUAUAUGAACCACAAAAAGAAGGCUUCUCCGAUGGCAUCGCCGACUACAUCGGCAGCACACUCCUGGAAGCCGGCUCCGACACCACUGCAGCUACACUCGUGGGUUUAUCCAAGCCCUUUAUCUUUUCGAAUCGCAAUCACUUCACUUCGGUGCCAGCAGGUGGCUAUGUCAGGGCUUGCACAUCGCCCGACUGGUCAUUAUUUCUGGUCAUCUCGAGACUGCUAUAUGCGUUUGAUUUUCAGAUGCCAGUAGAUCCGGCAACGGGGGAGGAAGUUGUGCCCGACAUGAGGGAUCUCUCAGCAGGAAUUUUCGUCAUGCCCAGACUGUUUGGAAGGGAAAUCGCAUCUAAGAGUGAGCCCAAGGCAAGGAUAGUCAGAGAGGAGCGGGGGAACAUGGAUGAAUUGCUCGACAGGGAGAUACAAUGGAGGGAUGUGCCGAAGGGGUUGGUUUGA